CUUAUUGGCCUAUUUUGUAGAUGGCUUCUGCCUGUGUUUUUCCUGAGGAAAUCCUCAAAAGACCUCGCCCUCUUGUGUUUCUGUGUGGCUUGGAUCAAACGAACAGAACACAUUCGGCGAUCGGAGAGAGUUUCAGCUCGUUCCACAAACCAAAUGCUUCGUUGAGUUCCAAAAUUGUUGAUCUCAAUUUCGAAGUUCCUAAGCCCAAGCCCAAAAAGGGUUCGUACGAAUGGUACAUUCCGAAGGGUAUUUUGAAAAUGGGGUGGAUUGAUAAGCACUUGAAUCAUGUUCCAGCGGUAGUUGCCGUGUUCUUCGAGCUUAAUUGGGACGACAGUGACUUGCCAGCGAAACAAUCCGAAUGUGUAGCCAGAAUCGAACGAAUAAAACAGACUCUUCAAGGUCAAACUAUGGGACCUCCUCAAAACGGACAUCAAACCAAAAUAGUCCUGAUUCUGAUCCAAAAAAGAGUUAUUUUGCCAGCAGGCGAAGAUUCGCCGCAAGCCAGUGACUACGCCGCCCAGUUAUGUGACGCUUGCGGAAUUUCUCCAAAAAGUUUGCUUGUGUUACCGCUUUCAGAAGGAACUGUGAUGGACGGAUACAUAAAACGAAUUCACGAGGAAUUACUUGCACUAGCUAAUACUUAUUAUACAGCUCAGGUUCGAGUUGUGAGAAGUCACAAGGAUAAUCUGAACAAGACUACUCAUGCCUUGUUGUUUGUGAGACACUACAUUAAGAUUGCGUUUUUCUCGGAAAUGCAGCAGAAUCCAAAUAGACCGGAGGCACAGACCGAAACAGUGUUGAAAUAUUAUAAACAGGCGUACGGUAACCUUACAGACGGAACAGUCCGAAUAUACGACACGAACUUAAUGGAAGUGAAAACAAUCGCGGGCUUCAUUAACUACAAAAUAUGCAAGCUGUACUUCCAAAACAACCAGCCUCUAUCAGCCAUCAAACAAUUCAAACUAUUUUUAGAAUACUUCAAACUUAAACAUGGGCCUCAGCAGUUGAUUUUUGAGCAUUACGCUUGGCUUUCGAAGCAGUUUUCUAUUUUCGCCGAGCUUUUUGAGGAAGCAGUCAAUAUUGGGCUCUCAGCUAUUCAAUUACAACACCCAGGAUUUUAUUAUCAACAAGCAGCCUACUUAACAAUGCAAAGGCGAGAGAGUGCAACUAUGGUGUGUGGAAAUUUAUACUCGAGUCAGCAGCAACCCCCGCUUGACCUUUCGGACGUGCAGCUGGAGUUUUGGGGUCAGCGACCUUGGAGACCGGGAAUCCAGAGCAUUGACCCUCCGGAUUUGCAGAAAGAAAAGGCUGGAAUUGAGAUGUUACAACAGGCGGAGUUAUCGGUGAAAUAUAGUCCGAUCAUCACACCGCUGUUGUUUUCGGCUGUCAUAUAUUUCAAGAAGUUCAACUGUGCGCGAAUGAAGCGGUGGAUGAUGGUGCAGAUUAGUGAGGAAUAUUGCAGUAGUGAGAGUGGGGACCACUCCAAGGCACUCAAGUACUUGCUGAAGGUGCUGCCAGAGUACAGACUGGAGGCAUGGCUAGUACUCUUCUCUAACGUUCUCCAGAUGGCACUACACUGUGCAUAUGUUAUAGCAGACAUAGAACACUUCACUUCUAUAUCUAUAGAGGUGAUGGGUGAGUUCUGCAGUCUGCCGAUAGACUACAAACAGACCACCCAGAUGAACCUGAUGCAGAUGCUAGCAGGUGCAGUGCCCCACCCUCCCAAUGUAGAAGUAUCCGCCACUACUAGUCUCAACCCUGACCAAGUGAAAACCACUCGCAACCUGUGGCAGCAGUGUAUUAACAACAAUAGCGGGCCAUCUGGCAUGUUUGCUGUGGAUAUGAACAAGAUCACGUCUUUUGUUUCCAUCAAAGCCACAUUCGAAAAGGAUCUGUUCAACGCGGACGAGGCAGUGUCGCUAAGUGUUCACAUGCACUCAGCAGCCCAGUUCCCAGUCCGCUUCUCCCGCCUCAGUCUGCACUUCUCAAACCCCAACUACGAUCCGCUCUGUGUAGUGGUGGACGCUUUGGACAUGACCAAUGUCAACGAGGACAGCGGCGGUAAUACUGGAAACACAGGUGUGGAACAGGGUGGUGACACUAGAUGCGCAGUUCGACCAACAGAUCUGACUAUUAAGCCAGAUGAAGUCAAGCAGAUCUCUUUCAAAUUCUUUCCUAUCCAUACAGAUAUAUCUCGAAAACUCGAAAUCUCAUCAGUACGCAUGCAACUUGGUCAGAGUGACAAGCGACACGCAGUGUUAACUUGGACGGGCAAUCAGUCACAUGCAGAGACAUUCAUUUCAUCGGAACAGCGGGUCAAGUUCCAGAACAAAUUCGACUUCACGACUCAUUCCAAAUUGUCCUAUGCAAGCAAGAAGGGAGUCUUCUCGAAUUUGAACGUGACACCUCUAAAACCCUCGUGCUUGAUCAAACCCAGAGAAUCUCAAGUCUUCAUCAAAGUGACUCACAAACCCCCCGUUUUGAUGCAAGAAUGGUACAAAAUAGAGGUUGUCAUCGAAAACAACGAACUGCAACCGAUAGUCAAUACAAAAUUAGACAUUUUAUUCGAAGAUCAAAGGCAAGUGCCGUCACCUCAAGUAAAUCUAGACUGGCCUGCUCAAGAUGACGAUGUAAAGAUUGCGCAUAUUCAUCGAGAUUUGACGGAUCCAAUUGUGCCUCAAGAGAAGCUCACGCUUACUCUUUUUGUGAGAUGUUUCCAAGACAUCAGCGAGAAACUGCAUGUAAAAAUUUCUCACGAUGUCGACGUUAACCAACCUGCAGAAAUGCUGAAAAACUCAGAUGACAUGGAAAAAUCAGCGGUUGUUGAACAAAUAAAGGAAGAGAUAAGACUAACUUGUUCGUGCUUGAAGGAGGAAACGAUUGAGCUUCCGGUUGUAAAGCCAUAUGAAAUGAUUUCACGAGUUGCAACAAUAACCAUGGACCCUCUGGAAACAAUACACGGAGAGGAAACGUUUCUCAUUAUGUCAAAAAUACAAGCACUGUCACUGUGGCCGAUUGAAAUUGACCAAGGUAGCUUUAGGUUGAAUGAAGCGAUUGAAAAAAUACAAGAGAGCGAUGAAUCUUUGAAAGGGGUUGUGUUAAAUCCACAAGAGAGUGCAAAUAUAGUUGUUGCAGCUCAGACUACGCCGAUGCCGUUACCUACGACUCUGAAUUUGGGCAAACUGGUGCUAACAUGGCAUCGAGAACCAACAGAAAAUUUGAAUCUUCCGUUAGUGACGACCACUUUAGACAUUAGUCCACAACACAACAUAGACCCAGUGCCUAUUAGCAUCAAGGCAGAACUGGACCCAUUCGGCUAUGUGCAACAACCCAUGCAUGUCAAAUACCACGUGAAAAACAACAGCGACAUCCUACAGGAGAUGCAAAUACAAGUGGAAUCUGCAGAUGACAACAUGGUUUUCUCGGGUAACAAGAGUCUGCAUUGUAGACUUAUGCCUGCAGCUGUCAAGACGAUUAAUUACACGUUGAUUCCGAUCGCAGUAGGCUUUUGCAAAAUGCCGACGGUGAAUAUUAACUUGCUUCGAUCUAAUAAGGAGAUGGGAAAACUAGUUAAGCAAUUGACCCCGAAUGAACUGUUUGUCAAACCGGCACAUUGCUUCGUUGGUUGAUCAAUUGGCUUGAUAACCAUGAUUCUGAAAAUUAAUUCCCAGCAUUUGGCGAAAGUUGCUCCAACUUAAAACAGACAUAAAUUAUAUCAAAGGUUUAUGAAUUCCAUGUAAAAUUUUAUAUCUCAUCUAUAUAUUUCUCUUAAUUCCUUAUUUGAGUUGGAAAGUCUUUGAAUCUGUGGCAAAUGAAAUAUGCUUUGACCGUUUAAAAAAUCAAGUUGCCUUUGGUUUUGA